GCCAGGGUGCGUCUGGGUCGCGACCGCUCCGCAGUUGAGACAGGAGGAGCCGCCGCGUGAGAGCCGGGCGGUGACCGGGUCAGGUCGCCGCGGUGCGGGUAGCAGCGUCCAGGCAUGGCAGCUCGAGCGACCGGGCGGUGGGUCUGGCGUGUCUGGCUUGGUGUUGUCUGGGCCCAGAUGGGUCCCGACUUGGAGCCGACUGGGAAUCAGAUGGAAUGUCCGCAGAGCGCGGGGCUCCGAGCGAACAGAAUGUCCGGGGCGGCGAGAAAGAGGCCACGCUCCAUGGAGUUUGGCCUGCUCAGCGAGGCGGAGGCCCGGAGCCCUGCCCUCUCGCUGUCGGACGCGGGCACGCCGCACCCUCCUCUGCCCGAGCACGGCUGCAAGGGCCAAGAGCACAGCGAUUCGGAGAAGGCCUCGGCUUCGCUGCCCGGAGGCUCCCCCGAAGACGGCUCGCUGAAGAAGAAGCAGAGGCGACAGCGCACGCACUUCACCAGCCAGCAGCUGCAGGAGCUGGAGGCCACCUUCCAGAGGAACCGCUACCCGGACAUGAGCACUCGCGAAGAGAUCGCCGUGUGGACCAACCUCACCGAGGCCCGCGUGCGGGUGUGGUUCAAGAACCGGCGCGCCAAGUGGCGGAAGCGCGAGCGCAGCCAGCAGGCCGAGCUGUGCAAGGGCGGCUUCGCGGCGCCGCUCGGGGGGCUGGUGCCCCCCUACGAGGAGGUGUACCCCGGCUACUCGUACGGCAACUGGCCGCCCAAGGCGCUCGGCCCGCCGCUCGCCGCCAAGACCUUCCCGUUCGCCUUCAACUCGGUCAACGUGGGGCCCCUGGCGUCGCAGCCCGUCUUCUCGCCGCCCAGCUCCAUCGCCGCGGCCGCCCCGGGCGCCGUGCCGGGACCCGCGGCCCUGCAGGGCCUGGGCGGGGGGCCCCCGGGACUGGCGCCCGCCGCCGUGUCCUCCGGGGCGGUGUCCUGUCCCUACGCCUCGGCCGCCGCCGCCGCCGCCGCCGCCGCCUCCUCCCCCUACGUCUACCGGGACCCUUGUAACUCGAGUCUGGCCAGCCUGCGGCUCAAGGCCAAGCAGCACGCCUCGUUCAGCUACCCGGCCGUGCCGGGACCCCCGCCCGCCGCCAACCUCAGCCCGUGCCAGUACGCCGUGGAGCGGCCGGUGUGACCGUCCCCGCCGCGGCCGCCCGCCCCCGCGCCCGGCUGGCCUCUCCGGCUUC